CAACCACAACAAAACGAACACAACUCACUUGGCCUUAUCUUAAGAAGCAGUAAACGAUCCGAUUCCUUUUGAGUUGAGUAGUAAAGGAGAAUACAAUCUGUGAAAAAUGAAGAGCUCAGAAAGGUAGUGUAACGGUAUCAGGGAGAAAACAAGAAUUAAAGUGGACAAACAAGUCACAGAGAAAGAGAGAGAGGAGAGAAGAAGAUGAAUAUGUAACUGAGAAUCAGAGCAGUCUCAGUUGUAAGUUGGUGGGCAGUAGCAGUAGGCUCUAGGCAGUCAGCCACUAUGCAGGAUAGUGAGCGAGAAGCCUUUACACCGAAUCCAACAUUUCUGCCUGACAAGUUCAAAGGAUCAACAGAUCGUCCGCCAUUACAACCCUCUGUAAGGGACAUAUACCCUCAAAUUAUCGCAUCAUGUUUCGCCCACCUACUUGUGAUCCAAGCAGGUAUCAACAUGGCUUACUCGGCUAUCCUGCUGCCUCAACUGAUGUCACCUGACUCCACCCUGCGAGUCACCACCAACGAGGCAUCGUGGAUAGCCAGUCUCAUGGCCAUCUCUACACCUGUGGGGACUCUGCUGUGUGGUCCGUUCAUGGACCUUCUGGGACGUAAAGUCUUUUCCCUCGUCACAGUAGUGCCUCUCGCAGCCUCUUGGUUCAUCCUUACUUUCACUCCAAACCACGUCUGGUUCAUCUAUGCGGCCCGGGUCCUUGCUGGCUUUGGUGGAGGUUUGACAACGGUCUCCUUAGUGUACAUCUCAGAAAUUAGUUCUGCCUCUUGGCGGCCCAUGCUACUGUGCCUUAAUUCUGUAUUUGUCAGUCUGGGUAUCCUGUUGACCAAUGUGCUGGGUGUGUUGCUGCCGUGGAGGGUCGUGUCUCUCAUAUGUGGUUGUAUCACUCUAGCUAGUGGAGCGGCCAUUUUGCUGUACAACCCUGAGAGUCCCUACUGGCUACUCACCUUCCGCCCAGACAGCACCCGACACUUUGACGAGGCUAAAAGAUCUCUCCGUUACCUGUACAACAACCAACAGAUGUUCACAGCAGAGUGGGAUCGUCUGGUGAAGGUCAGCAAGGCCAAGCGGCAAGAGCAGGAGGCUGCACAAGAAGGUCGGAGAAAUGGUCUGGUAGGGAAUGUACGUCACUUCUCCAGGGAGUUUACCAAGAGAGAAGUCAUUUUACCUUUCUCUCUUCUCUUGACCAUCUUCUUCUUCCAACAACUGAGCGGGACCUACCCAAUCAUCUUCUACGCGGUUCAAGUCUUCCAGUCGAUCGGAGGUGAUUUUGGUGCAGGUCUCAAUGCGGAUUCGGCCACUGUAAUUUUGGGUGUUAUAAGAUUCUCUGUCAGCCUGUUGACCACCAGUCUGUCUCGUAGUUUUGGACGAAGGUUCUUACUGAUCGUCUCAGGAGUUGGGAUGACGAUUUCAAGUUUUGCAGCUGCUUUGUACUUCCAUAGAACUUGUGUAUUCAAAAGUGUCUUUGACGUUACGGAAUCUUCGUUUAAUAGUACCUUUUUGAAUACCACCACAGAAAUGAAUGUAACUUCAACACUAUCACCCUCUACGACAGGGUCCAGUUUGCUAGGGCUUGUUUUCAUUCUGGUGUUUGUCAUUAUGAGCUCUAUCGGGUUUCUCAUUAUUCCUUGGACUCUGGUUGGGGAAAUUCUACCUGUUACGGUUCGUGCGACUGGAGGAGGAAUAGUAUUCUCGUACGCUUACAUCUUGAUGUUCGGAAUAGUUAAAGUGUUUCCUUACAUGUUAUCAGUACUUAAAAUAUCCGGGCUGUUCUACUUUUUCUGUUUCACGUCUUUUGCCAACGUUGUCAUUGUCUAUUUCUUCCUGCCAGAGACUCUGGGUAAAAGCUUUGAAGAGAUUGAAAAAUCUUUUAUGAAAACUCACAAUAACUCUUAGUAGUGCCUCGCUUAUUUAGAUGGUUUAAGCUCUUUUUGCAAAAUCACAUUAGUUAGAUAGAAUAAUGUUAAACAACUAUCUCCAAUCUGUUUUCUGAUCCUGUUUGCCCCAAGAAUGGUCGCGUAGAUGAUUUGAAGAUUUGAUAUUUUCCUAUUGUAGUUUUAUUGUUCUAUUUGUUGUACAAAAAUACUAGUUAUAGCUAUUUUUAUACGUGUGAUACUAGGUGAUAGAAUAAUUUGGUAGAUAAUGAAUAUCUGAGAAUUUAUAUUUUUGUACUUUGACAUCAUAGUAUUUUUGUGCCAUGUGAUACUGUCAAGAAGGUAUAAUAUUCUAAAUACAAGGCCUAAUUUUGUUGUGCAGUCUUUGAAGAAUUGUUGUGACAUUUUUAGGUAGCCUGUGAUUCUAGACUGAUUUUGAAUCCAGUACCAUCACACAUGCUUAAGUGUAAUAAUCUAUUUUCAGUAAAAUUGGAAAUAGCAUUUUAAAUUGUUCCAUGUAAUACUUUCAACAAAUUCUUGAUUUAUACAGUCAUGUUUGAACUAAUUAUGUUGUAACAUAGAGCUCAAGGGUCAAAGUUUAACAAUUAAUUUUAGAGAUAGCAGGCUUCUACGAAGUUAAAAGAGUCUAUUCAGGUUGAAUAAUCACAAAACUUUACACUAUACAUACACAAUAAUAAUUAAUAUAUAGAUUAUUUUAGCAUAGUCCUAGCUAAGAAACAAGUUCUAAUUGAAAAUCUAUUUAACAUAAGGGUGUAAACUAAUACAGUCAAAUGUGUUCAAUUAAAAAUUUCCAAUGUUUUAAUAAAAAAAAUUAGUUCCAAAAAUUCAACAAAUGUUUAGACCAAAUAUUUCUCUUGGUCCCUAGAACUUGUUGCAUAUGCAUAAUGCAUCUGGCAUCAUAAAUAAAUGUGGUGUUGGAAGAAGGCCCAAUACUGUGCUGUGGCGUAUCCAGGGGGGUGUAAGGGGUUGACCUUCUAUAAACCUCCCCCCUUGACCUUAAAACGUGAUUUUGUUUACAAUAAAUUUUUUUUCUACAAUAAAAAAUAUUUUAAAAAAUCUAAUCUAAUCUAAAAAUCUUUUAUUUUGUCUCUAAAUAGUCUAAAAACGCAAGUUUACGGGUCUAAUUUUCAAAAGUUUCCCAUACCCCCCAGUGUAACCCCCCCCCCCUUAGGCUCAUUCUAGUAUUCCUAGUUAGGCCUAUGAUACUGUGUACCACGAAACCCAUCAAGGUCUUGUCUCCUCCCUACACCUUUAGUUCCACUGUAUUAAUGCCAUGUUUCAUUCCUAACUACAAAGCAGAUACAAGGCCUUGCAAACGUUAGGCACCAAUUUGAAUUAAAAAACUCUUACAUGACUUUUAAAUUUUGUUACUGCUUUCCCAUGAAUUUUAUAUUAUGUCUACUCUAAGAGUCUUGAACGACUAUUUAUAUUUACAUUGCAAUAAUGUAAAAGAGGAAAUUUCCGGUUUAUAAAAUUUUU